CAGCGUACAGGCGAUCAGAUGAAUGAUCAUUCAUUUAAAGAUGGCCGCGAAAGUAGCGGGUAAGACCGCGUUGCGGUAUUUUAUGGGAACAUGCGUGCCUUCAUCGAAGCUGAAUGCCGCGAAAGUAAGAGUACCGCGUUUACAAUUCGACGAUCACAUUCACAUGUACUUCAAGGAGAACGAUUUCAUUUAUGCCCACGAUCCGAAGAAAUUGUGCAAAACCGGCGACGUGGUUUUGAUAAAGACGUUACCAGAAAAAUUAACGCGCCUGAUUACACAUGAGGUUGUUGAGGUAGUGUACCCUCUAGGUGAUAUAGUAGAUCCAGUCACAGGGAAGAAAGUUAUCGCAAGUAAAUAUAGGGAAGAUAUAGAGGAAGAGAGCAAAUUAUAUGGCAUAACAGACUCAGCCUUUGAUUACUCAAAAGCACCACGAAGAGGGAAAUUCGAAGGUAUACGAGACUUCACUCACAAAAAGUCAUAUCUAAAAUAUUAUGAAGAUCCUAAUGAUCCACAAACAGAUACCGUUCCGUCAGUAUCGUAAAAUAUCAUUGUAUUCGGAAAGUUAGUAAUUAAUAAAUUUUUAAUGUUCAAUAAAAACUGUACGUUGUGCAAA